AUGGCGUUUCGCCCUUUCCAGAGGGCACUGGCGCAGCGGAGGCUUCGCUGGCCCGGGCGCCCUGGCAGGAGCCUCGCAGCGGACCAUUACGAGGACGACAUCGACACUUCUGGGCUUAAGGCCCCCGGCUCCGAUGAUGCGGCGGGUGGCGGGCAUGAUGCCUCGACGAAGGAUGACGACGAUGAUCACGUUGAGCUGAUGGAGUGGCAGAGUCCCUGGCCAUUUCUGUCUGCUGCAGACGGGAAGCUCUGCGACCUCUCUGCGGGUGCACACUGGCCCUGGAAACCCAGCAUGGCCUCCAAGCUCAAGGAGAUUUCGCCAGGUGUACGGCCACAACUGCAGUCCGCAGAUCUUAGUGUGGAUGCUAUGCUGGCUGGAGUGGGCUCCGAUGUCGACCUGGCGGUGGUUGCACGUGCGGCGGCUGAUGGGCAUCAGGAAGACCUUUGGGACUGGCUGAAUGACCGGAAGGCCCAGCUGAAGAAGUGCAACACCGGCAGCCUAGCGGCGAUCCUGAGUAGCCUCACACGUGCGUCGCAGACUGCGCAGAGGAACCAGACGAGCUGCAGAAGCCUCCUGCGGCAUGUUGCCGGAGAGAUGCUUCAAGCACAUCGUCGCCUAAGUCCAAGGCAUGCCCUGGUCAUGCUGGCCUCUCUGCAGGGGGAGGCGCAAGGAGGAAACACGGAUGACGACGAGAAGCCAGUUUCUGCCAACGACCUGUUGGAGAAGGUCUUUGCGACACUCAAGCGCAAGGACGGCGAUGGUCGGCUGCUUCUCGCGGAGAUUGUGCCUGCUAUGGAAGCGCUAGCUGUCCUGCGAAGCACAACCGUGGAUGCUCAGAGGGAGCAGCUGCUCAGCUUGGCGAAGCUGCUGGUAUGCGAGCUGCAUGGUGGGCUGGGUCUGUCUUUGCUCUUGGCACAAAGUGGCCAGAGCCGUGGUGGCAUCCAGAGCGCGUUGCUCAGGCUGUUAGCAGCUCUGGCGCACCUGCCCGAAGCUGCGGGGCCGACGGCCAAGUGGCUCACCGCCCUGGGUGGUGUCCGGUGGAGUAGGGAGGCGAUAACUUCCCAGGAAGUGAUGGCUUCUGCAGCCUUUACACUGUCGCGAUGGGGAGCCUGGUCCUCUGUGCGGACCGACUACUUGCUCUCCCAGGCGCUGAGGCGAGAUCGCGUCGCCGCGGACCGGGCAGAGGAAGAUGCGGAACUGCGGCCUUACCUGCUGGAGGAUGCGGAGCUCAUUCCGGCUAGCUCAGGAUCCUGGUGGCUGGCUGCCAUUGCGCAGUCAGGCCAGGACAUUGAAGGCGCUGCAGGCUUCGAGGUAUUUGCAGAGCAUGCUCCGAACGCUCUGUUUGGCGCGGUCUCGCGUCUUGGCCCCGACGACCCGAGUGCUCCUAAAGUGCGGGCUCUCUGGGCACUGCAUGCACUUGGGAAAGUCGCUGAACACCAGGAGCUGGCAGAGUCUCUUCUGAAGCAGCUGCAAGAAGCGGAUCUCAGAGGCUUUUCUCCGGAGAGCUGGUGGCUUCUGCGUGAGCUGCAGCCCUCGCACUCAAAGGAAGAGGGCGAAGCUGUGGAAAGCCCUUUCUCCAUGUGGAAAGACCAGUUGUCUGGAAGCCUCGAGGCGGAGAGAAGCAGCUGGACAUCAGAACGGGGCGACGAGCUCGCCAGUCUAAUCCAGGAACUUGGUGCUGCUGGCGAGGAUGCACCCGAGAUCGCCUUCGUCGCAGGACCUUUCUGCCUUGCUCUUCACUGGGGCAAUCGGGGGAAGGCGUUGGACCUCGACCACCACUCGCCAGUGACCCGUGUGCUACGCCGGCAGCAUUGGGCGACAGUCCUGCCGGAUGUGGAGGUGAAAGAAGUUAGCUUGGAAGAGUGGGAUGAGGAUGGAGGAAGGAAUCGCUUGGCUUUGCUUCAAAGCUUCCUCGGUGGAGAACCGCCCGAGCUGCUGAACGAGCCCCUCUUCUCUGAGCGGGCGCGUCGGAUUUCCCGGGUGAUGCGUGCACAGGCCGAUGCUGUGCUGGAGAAGCUGGGUCCCGAGAUGGUCGCGCCGGAGGGCAGCCACCUCGGGGCUGGGGCCUCCGUCAGCGCAGCUCUCAUCCUCUCGUCUUUGGCAAAGGAGUCACCCGAGUUCGUGUUCCAGGCAGUUGCGGAAACGACCAAGUCAGCGGAAGGGGACUUCCGCCAGUGA